AUGGACCCCUUGCGAGGACGGGCGAUGUCGCAGGAGCUGGUGCGCUUUCUACUUCCCUCUGGCUACAUCUUCCUGCGUGAGCACCACAUGCGUACCCUGUCUUCAGCACUCUCGCCCGCUCCAACAUCGUCGUUCCCGUUUCACCCUCUCUACCCGUCGGCGACGCGGACGCGGAGGGUACCGCCGCUGACGGCAGGCCCUCCGAGCACUGCAUCGAGGACGGAGUCAAGCGAACGCUUGACGCGCGAUGGAGUUUCACGUCUGCAAAGGUCGGCAGAUAUACAGAGAGAUUCGUGGCUCGAGGCGAAGGGAGGAGACAGCGCCCUUCCCUAUUCCGGGCGAAGGGGUACAUGGACGCGACCUGCAGAGAGACAGGAGAUCAGAGUACAAUGGAGGCUAGAUGCAGGGAGACGAAGAAGACAGCACGACGUAGGAGAUGGGGCGGAGGGAGGCUCAGGGCUCCACACGUCCACGCGCGACCGCGGCGGGGGGGGCGUCGUCGCCCCGCGCCACCCCCGCGGGCUGCACCUCUCUGCACAGUCUCUGGAUAAGUUUGCGUGUGUGCAGAAGAGGUCCUAUCAGUCAGAUCGUCAGCGGGCCGCAGCUGAAGCCCAGUUGGAGAAAAGGGAGGCGGCAGUCCACGCGCCACGCAGCUUCGGUCAGCUGUACGAGCCGAGGACAGCUCAAAGCAAGAAAGUCCACAAACGCUGGGUUAAGGAAGUUCCGUUCUACCUGCAGCCAGCUGUCGCGGAGAGAAAUGCGCUGCUCAAGUCCCAGCGGGGUGCGCAGACGCUGCAGGGUUUCCGGUCGAGGUCUUCCCCUGCGAAACCACAGGCCGAGCUGCCCCUGCAUCUCGCGCGAAUCUUUGAGCACUCUCGCGACCCGGAAGCAGCUGCGCGAGAGGACAUCCUCUUUACGCUGCUUCGCCUUCUCUCCGGCGUGCGCAUAGGCCAGAAAGCUGCCAGACAGAAAAGCGCAAGGGCCGGCGAGGCGUCAAAGCCUGGCGCAGCCGGGGGCGAGCAGGCAGAAGCCGGUACGAAGGAUUACACGCCCGCCCUGGCGAUUCCUGGACUCGACGCAGGGAACCUUGACGCGCUCGAUCGACGAAUCAUGGAGUGCAUCGACGCCUGGACUGCCCCCGACCUUGGACUACUCCUUGUCACGCGCCAGGAGCUUCGCGAUUGCCUUUCUCACUCCAGGGGGUGCGCGCGGGGGCCCUCUCUCCAAGGCGCGUCUCCGCUGCCCGUGGAAGGCUACCAACGAGAGGCCCUGAACAAAGGCGAAGACGAAUCAGUCACGCGCGCGCUUGUGCGCCGCCUGGUCUCCCAGCGCGGCCAGGCUUUUUCUCAGUACGCGAGUCUGUACGCCCUCCAGGCAUUUCUCCAUCUGGCGAAAGCACGCGAGGAGCGCAGACGCCGCGCGGGGCUGCAGGCGCACAGGACUUUGGCAGAACGGGCGCACCAACUUGGGGAAGAGGCAGCCGCGGAGGAGAAACGAAGCGGCAACAGCGCCUAUGCAGAGGGAGAGCGGAUGAACCUUCUUGCGGGCAGGGGAGUUGGCUGUGGAAGACGCGGAGCUCAGGAGCUCCAGGAGAUCGAAAACGAGGCCUUCGCGGACGCAGAGAUGAUCAACGUAGUCAUCAAACGCGUGGGACGGAACAUGGCGAGCUGCGACCUGGAAGUCCUCGCCCGGAUCGUCCACCUCCUCUCUUCUCUUCCCACACCUCCGACAGAAACCCUUCGGCGAGUGCCAAGGGGCGGCGGACCCGAACCCGCCAGGUCCUCGUCGGACCGGAGGCCCGCCCGCGCGGGGGCGGAUGCGGCCUCUCGCCGGCGCCUGGAGCCGAGCGGCGGUUGUGGUACGGCUGUCGCUGAGGAGAGCGCUCGUCAGAGCCCCACGGCCGCGGACCUUGCAGAGAGCGUCUCUUCUGCGACCGUGGCGCGCGACCUACCGCCUCUCCCGUCGUCGCGGAAGCCGGCAGGCGAAGGCGAGGAGGGCUCUGAGGCAACCGAAUCCUGCAGCGGCGAGGUGAAUCGAGGGGCGCCUGAGAGCGGUGCGAGCGGAUUUCUGACAGAGAGGACGCCCACGACGUUCCUCGCUGACCGGAAUGCUUUCCUGUAUGCUGUCGCCACGCACGUGUUUGCCACAGCGUUCACGGAGGCGGAGCGAAACUCCGCCUCUGAGACGGCGUCGAAUUUCGCUGCGGGUCUUCGCUUGGCUUUGCCAAGCACAGCUAGUCCUCCGUUCGCCUCGUUUCCUGCACCCGGGGGAGGUGUCUCGCCGGGGGCCUCGUCGCCCCCGGGUCUCGGGUCGGUUGCGGGUGUCUCGUCACCCAAUUCGCCUUCGUCUUGUCCAGCUCCUUCGGCUUCGCCCCGCAGUCGAAGUGGAUCUUCCUCCAGCGCUACUCCGCCGUUGUGGGUCGCGAAAGCAUCUAGAGGGGGCGCUGGCGUCGCUGUCACAGGCGAUCGGUCCUGGACGUACAGCCGCCUGUCGAUUCUGCUCACUGGCCUCACUCGCACCGGCGUGGUGUUUCCUCCGCUGUUCUACGCGCUGAAGCCGAUGAUAGUCGCGCUCCGCCUCCAAUUCCCCCCUCCGAUGCUCGCCAGUCUCCUUGUCGCCUACGCGAGCCUCGGCGCGGCGGACGAGACGGGCUGCAUCGAUCUCUUCGGCACCCUGGGACGCGAACUGGUGAAGGGCGUGCGAGACAUGGACGUCGGCGUCGUGGGCGUCGCCGCCAACGCGUUCGCGAACGCCGGUGUGCUUCACCAGGAAUUCUUCAAGGUUGUCGGGGAGGUUUUCCCAGCCCGCAUGCCCCUCUGCUCGCCGCGUCUCAUCGGCAUGCUAGCCAACACUUAUCUGCGGUUGGGUUUGUACGACGACGACCUCGUGCCGUCGCUGUUCCACUGCGCAAGUCAGCGUCUCUCCGAGUGCGACUGGCACACGCUGGCUCUGCUGCUUCAGGCGUCAACAAAGAUAGGGUCUGCCAAUAGUUGCUUUAGUCGCCAAGCCGCCGACGUGGUCUGUCACGCUAUAGAACGAGAGAAUCCGCAACAUCCCGCCAAAUCUCAGGCGCGAGAGUUGCUGACGGUGUGUGGGAGCUCUGGCGAGCUACCAGGGCGUCAUCCCCUCUCCCCAAAAGUGUCUUUCCCGCCCUCCGCGGAGCGCGCGGCAAGUGUGCUUCUAGGGCAAGCAUCGAGCUGCGAAGAAAGAUCACUGACGCGCGCGAGGUGGGAUAGCGCAAGCGAGACCCAAAGCGGUGACCAGGGCGUGGCAGAGCGAAGCAUUCCCAGGCUUUAUGUUCAGGGGGAGUUGACGUCAGCCUCUGCCUUCGUCAUCUGCUACGCUGUGGCGAAGGCGAAAGACCUUCUUGGUACCAAGUGCCCGGACGUCUCUGCUGCUCAAAGGGCACUGACACGGAAUCUCUCCGAUGGCGAAGAAGCCACCGGGGCAGAAUCAUGCGUGGCUUCGACUGGUAUCUCUCACGAUGAGGCAGAAACCGGAAGCGCGGGACAGCCGGACGUCGAAACAAUCUGGCAGCUUUUACUCGCCACGGAGCUUGUGGAGGCUGUGACGCGCUUCAUCCCGCAGAGCACCUCUUUCACUGAGGUCGCCAAUACUGCUUUUGCGGUCGCGAAGUUCGUAGACCUGGCUGACAACGAAGCGAUGGUUUCAGAAGUUGGAGAGAGGCAACGAGGAGAAGGAGAAUCAGGAGCGGAGGAGCUGCACUGUGACGCGCGUGUAAAGGACGAAGAACGGUGUUGUCGUGUCGACCGAGAGGGGCGAAUGCCUCCUCCGGCAGAUGCUCCCGGUGACAGAACUGGCGCCCGCGAAGGUGCGGCGGCUCCCUCUGCUGUUCGCGCAGCUUUGACGACGCACCUGCUCGCGACCUGUGCGGCCUUCUUUCAAGUCGUCGAGACGCACCUGGGAUGCUUCAGAACUCUGAAGCACGCGAGUCUCGGACCGCCUGAGAGAGAUAAUGUGACGGCGGGCGGCCGGAGGACGAUCCGACGAAUCCCCCGGCGGGAACGCAUUGCCGAAUCUUUCGCUCCAAAGUUGGGGGACCCAGGACCUGGAAGCGGAUGUGAUGCUGCAGCAGUCGUGUACGUUGCUUCGAUGGGGCGCCGGAGAAGGCUUUCGAGCGAGUGUGACGGUGUUCCUGAGCAAGAUGAGCAAGCUUUCCUUCUGAAGCAAGCAUGCGCAUGGGCUGCGCGGGAGAUAACGUGGUCGCUGAUGUUGCUGCUGCGUGUGACGCGCGUGUGUCCUUCGUAG